UUUACCGGUAUAACGGUCAUUGCAAACCGAAAUCUCAGGGAGUUUUGCUCUUCUUCUUCUUCGUCUACCACAAAUCUCUCUAAUCCCUCUGAUCCACCAAACCCUAGCUUUUAUUUUUAAUUUCUCUCUCUCUCUCUCUCUCUCUCUCUCUCUUGGAUGGCCAUGAGAGUGGAAGCUAGAAGAAGAAGAAGAAGAUGCACAGCUUCCCAUCUUACCUUCCAGCGCCUUCGUCUCGCUUCCCCCAUUUCUCAACCCCUUUCUCUCUCCGCAAGAAAAUCCCAUGGUGGUACCAAAUCCUCGACCCGGGAUCCGAUUUGGUCAGCCGCUGGAACCAGAUCUUCCUCAUCACUUGUCUCAUCGCCAUGUUCAUCGACCCCCUCUACUUCUACCUCCCUGUAAUUUCCAAGUCCGAUUCAGCUUGUAUGGACAUCGACAUCAACCUCGGCGUCCUCGUCACCUUGCUCCGUACCUUCACCGACUUCUUCUAUCUCCUUCACAUUACCAUGAAAUUCAGGACCGCUUUUAUUGCCCCGAGUUCCCGGGUUUUCGGCAGGGGUGAGCUUGUCACUGACCCAAGAGCCAUUGCCAUUCACUACCUCAAAUCUGAUUUCUUCAUUGAUUUCGCAGCCACUCUUCCUCUCCCACAGAUUGUUAUUUGGUUUGUAAUUCCCGCAUUGAAGAAUUCAACAGCCGCUCAUGCUAAUCACACUCUGUCUCUAAUUGUUCUUAUUCAAUAUAUUCCUCGAUUUUUCCUUAUUUUCCCUCUGAACAGAAGGAUUAUCAAAACAACUGGUGUAAUAGCCAAGACUACUUGGGCAGGGGCAGCUUACAAUCUCCUUCUAUAUAUGCUUGCUAGUCAUGUAACUGGAGCUUCAUGGUAUGUGUUAUCCAUCCAGAGACAGUACCAGUGCUGGAAAAUGGAAUGUCGGAAGGAGAUGAAUGGCACGCAUUCUCCUUCCUGUCAUGCUUCGUUUUUAGAUUGUACCAAUAAGGAUAAUCCAGAACGCGAUCUUUGGCUGGGCCGUACCAAUAUUGUUGUUCAUUGCGAUGCUCUAAAUGAUGACAGAAAUUUCGAUUUUGGAAUGUUUGCGGAUGCUUUUACUAGUCAAAUUGCUAAAUCAAACUUCAAGGAGAAGUAUUUUUAUUGCCUUUGGUGGGGUUUGAAAAGUUUAAGUGCAUAUGGACAAAAUAUUAUUGCAAGUACCAGGAGUGCUGAAACAUUAUUUAGCAUUCUUAUUUGCACGGCUGGUCUCAUUCUGUUUUCACAUCUCAUAGGCAACAUGCAGAGCUAUCUGCAAUCUACAAGUGCUAGACUUGAAGAAUGGAGGGUCAAACGAAAGGAUACAGAGGAGUGGAUGAGGCACCGUCAACUCCCUCCGGAAUUGCAAAAUCGUGUUCGUCGGUUUGUUCAGUAUAAGUGGAUUGCCACAAGAGGUGUAGAUGAAGAAGCCAUUUUGCAAGAUUUGCCUUUGGAUAUUCGGCGUCAAAUUCAAAGGCAUCUCUGUCUUGCUCUUGUUCGUCGUGUUAAUUUCUUUGCACAAAUGGACAAUCAGCUCCUGGAUGCGAUAUGUGAACGUCUUGUUUCAUCCUUGAAUACCAAGGACACAUACAUUGUUCGGGAGGGUGAUCCAGUGAACGAGAUGCUUUUCAUCAUUAGAGGCCAACUUGAAAGCUCCACCACUGAUGGAGGAAGGUUAGGAUUCUUCAAUUGCAUUACCCUUAGACCAGGUGACUUUUGUGGCGAAGAGUUGCUGACAUGGGCCUUGAUGCCCACUUCAAAUCUGAGCCUUCCAACCUCUACUCGAACUGUAAGGUCACUUACUGAAGUUGAGGCAUUUGCACUUCGAGCAGAAGACCUCAAGUUUGUUGCCAGUCAGUUUAAGCGCCUGCAUAGCAAAAGACUGCAGCAUGCUUUUAGGUAUUACUCCCACCAAUGGAGAACUUGGGGAGCUUGCUUUAUACAAGUUGCUUGGCGACGGUAUAAAAAGAGAAAGAUGACAAUUGAUUUGGCAAGACAAGAGGAGUUAUAUUACGGUAACAAUUUGGAUAAUGAAUCUCCAUAUGCAGAUUACAAUGAGAGUGGUGGUCAUAGUUCAUCAAGGGAUGAUCACAGGGCACAGCAUCUUGGAGCUACAGUUUUGGCUUCGAAAUUUGCUGCAAACACCAGAAAAGGAGUUGCCCAUAAGGUUGCUUCUCUUGACCCUGAUGCCACCUGCUUAAACAUGCCCAAAAAGCUUUUCAAACCAGAGGAUCCUACAUUUUUAGCAGACCCUGAUGACAGUUGAGUACCUUCAAUUUAAUCACAAAUACAAAAAAACUUAGUGGUAAAUUGGGACUAGUUUAGAUGCUUAUGCACCAAUUUACACCUUGCUGUAAGUAUAUUUGCAAGCUGCAUUUGAAAAACUAGAUACCAUUGUUGUUGAAGAUAAGUCUAAUAACUUUUAUUAUUGUUAAUGAAAUUGGUAGAUAGCUCUAGAGUUUUGGAUGCUAAAUCUAUCAAUGAGAAAAGUGCUUUGCUAGUGCAAAUAGAUGACAUUAUAUCUC